AGGUAGUUAACACCGUCGGUGAGACGAAAUGGGGUUUCUAACGGCGGCUAGGGUUUCGACGUCGGCUUCAAUGCUUCUACGACGUAAAUGUCGUCAGCUAGGGUUCUUAGUCUCCUCCUCGCCGUAUUUUUCCAGCUUGGAUUCUACGAAUCGCUCUCUCAGUAGCUCUGGUAAUGUUUUGUGCAAGGUUAUGCAUAAGGAGUCUCUUAAUGGACCAAUGUGGAACGCUUGCUUCUUAAGAUCAUCUUGGUUUCAUUCGAAUCCAGUUCGUGAGACCGGUGAUUGCGUGAGCAAAUCUGAUGAUAGUUUGAGUCAAGACGGAGUAGGUUCGAUAAAACUGAAGAGGAAAAAGCUGAAAGGUAAGCGGGCGGUUGUGCGGUGGCUAAAGUUGUUCCGGUGGAAGAAAAAGAAAGAGUUUGAAAGAAUGACUGCUGAAGAGAAGAUACUUAACAAGCUAAGAAAGGCGCGAAAGAAAGAGGAACGCCUUAUGGAGACGAUGCAGAAACUGGAACCUUCAGAGUCAGCGGAAACGACACAUGACCCUGAGAUAUUGACACCUGAGGAGCAUUUUUAUUAUCUGAAAAUGGGUUUGAAGUGCAAGAACUAUGUUCCAGUUGGGAGACGCGGAAUAUACCAAGGAGUGAUCCUCAACAUGCAUCUUCACUGGAAGAAGCAUCAGACGUUACAGGUUGUGAUCAAAACGUUUACACCUGAUGAAGUGAAGGAGAUUGCUGUUGAGCUAGCGAGGUUGACUGGAGGGAUUGUGCUUGACGUUCACGAAGGCAACACGAUAAUUAUGUACAGAGGGAAGAACUAUGUCCAGCCUCCAACUGAAAUCAUGUCGCCGAGGAUUACUCUCCCGAGGAAAAAGGCUUUGGACAAAUCCAAAUGCCGGGAUGCGCUUCGUGCGGUUAGAAAGUAUAUUCCGAGGCUUGAACAAGAGCUCCAAUUGCUUCAAGCACAAGCUGAAACAAAUCAAGAAUACCCGAAUGUCAAGGACGAUGAUACUCAAGAGAGUUCAGAAGCAUUGAAGAAGAUUAUAGAAAGAAGCCAAGAGUGUUUGGAUGAUGAGCAAGAAGAAGAAGAAGAAGACGCAGGAUCAGAACUAGCAACAGAUUCAGACCUCUCAGAUAUUUUCGAGACCGAUUCAGAAUUAGAAGACGAGAAAUCAGAGCGGCCGCUUUUUCUCGAAGAGUUUGAGAAAUUCCCAGCGAUAAACAACAACAGAGAAGACGAAGACUUUGGGGAUCCGGAGAAGGCUAAAUCAGAAGGUGAGGAGAAUGAUGAUAAGUCCCCAAACUUUGAUGAAGUAGAUAAGAUGUUUCUUCGGGCUGCUUCGCUUUUAAAGAAGAAAAGACGAUGAAUUAUCACUUGAUUUUGCUCAUGUGUUUAACAAAGUGACAAGUAUAUCAUCUUUUUUAACAUGCUCAAAGCUUUAUUAAUACUGUGAUAGCAUGUGGUUAGGAGAAGUAUGUUUUGCUUCAACCUUAAAGCUUUUGUGUAAAAAGUAAAAGGUCCAAAGUAAGGUUUAUUUUCUUGUCA